ACAGUCAAUUCAAACCGUAUUUUAAAAGAUUCAGACGAAAUCCGAUCAACUGAAAAUUGAGUGAACAAUCCAGGGCUUUGACAACUAGAACUUAGGGACUCUAAUCUCUAAAAAGAAUAGUAAACGGGCUCGAGAAUCAUCAGCUAUUCGACUGUAGUCAAUUCAUGUUCAUCUCGUAUCACCUGCAGGGCCUCGUAUAAGGUGCAAUUUUUUAUACUGCAUGAGAAAAUCAACAUCAAUUUGCCCCAGGAACACACAUCAAUUCAUCGUAAUCCCAAAGUUUUUUCCUUCCACCAGGAAACUGAACUUUUCUGUUAGCUCUAAUGGACAAGCUAUCAAAAACCACAGCUUUAUGCACCUACUCCAUGAUCCCUCAAAGAUUCAAUCUUCCAGUGAGACAAAAAUCCUCCAUGCACUCACCAUCAAAAUGGGUUCAAUCCCAGCACAGCAACCUGUUUUCCUUCACAACAAUAUCAUUAAGAAUUAUGCGUCGUUCGGUGAUUUUUACUCGGCGAUCAAGUUAUUCGAUGAAAUGUCUAGCAGAAAUGUUGUAUCGUAUAAUACCAUGAUUUCUGCGUGUUGUCAAAAUGGGUUUUUAGAGGAGGCCUGGAAGUUGUUUUCUGACAUGAGAAAAUGUGAUUUUAAGCCUUCACAGUUUACAUUUGGCGGGCUCUUAUCAUGUGAUUCCUUGGCUAUUUUUGAAGGAAUGCAGUUGCAGGCACUGAUUCAAAAGAAUGGGUUGUUCUGUGCUGAUCCUUUUCCUGGAACUGCAUUGUUAAGUAUGUAUGGGAGACACGGAUGUUUAGAUGAAGCUAUUGGGGUAUUUGAAUGCAUGCCUGAAAAGAAUUUGGUGAGCUGGAACUGUAUGUUAUCUUUGUUUGGCCAAAUGGGCCUUGUUGAAAAUUGUCUGAAUAUGUUAUGCGAGCUCAUUAGAAAUGAAAUAGGAGUGUCUGAGUAUUCUUUUGUGGGUAUCUUAUCUUGUUUUGAUGGAGAAAAUAAAUUGCAAAUAGGAGAGCAGAUACAUGGAGCAGUGAUAAAGUAUGGUUUUGAUUGUGUAGCUUCAGUGAGUAAUUCUCUGCUUAAUAUGUAUGCGAAGUGCGAUGUCAAAUGCUCAGCGGAGAAAUUUUUUGAACAGGUUCUUGUUAUGGAUAUUGUGUCAUGGAACACACUAAUCGGAGCAAUGGUGAAAAGUGCUAGACCAGCCAGAGCAUUUGAUCUCUUCCUGGAAAUGUGUGCGCACGAAUUCUUGCCAAAUGAGACAACAUUUGUAAACGUUCUUAGUUCUUGCACAAGCAUGCAUACAUCACUGUAUGGGAAACUCAUCCAUGGUAAGAUGAUCAAGAAAAGAUUCGAAGCUGAUGUGUAUGCAGGUAGUGCUUUGGUUGACUUCUAUGCUAAAUUUGAUAAAGUUGAAGAAGCGCACCUUUGUUUUGAUGAAAUAACUGAGAAGACUUUGGUUUCUUGGAAUUCUUUGAUGCUGGGAUAUUCAAAUAUAGAUUUUUCUGUUACAGUUGGGUUGUUGAAAGAUAUGAUUUACUUAGGUUAUCAGCCAAAUGAGUUCUCAUUUUCUAUUGUUAUUAAAUCAUCAUCGCCAUUAGAGUUGUUCCAACUUCAUGCAUUGACAGUAAAGUUGGGUUAUCAAGAGAAUGCAUAUGUGUUAAGCUCUCUUGUCAGCUCCUACNAGUUAAAUGGUUUCGAAACUGAUGCCUUGAUUUUUGUUGCUUCUUAUAUCACGCCCCUUUCUGUUGUUACAUCCAAUGUAAUUGCUGGGAUUUAUAACAGAACCGGCCAAUAUGAGAAAACUCAAGAGUUAUUUGCUGUAAUGGAGGAACCUGACAUUGUAUCAUGGAAUAUUUUGAUUGCGGCGUGUUCAAAAAAUGGAGACUACAAAGAGGUUUUUGAACUUUUCGAUCACAUGCGAAGAUCUCUAGUCUCUCCUGACAAUUACACGUUUGUUAGUCUCUUUAGUGUUUGCACCAAAUUGUGUAACCUUGCUUUGGGCUCUUCUCUUCACGGUCUAAUUAUCAAAACUGAUUUUAGGUCUUGUGACACAUUUGUGUGUAACAUCAUGAUUGACAUGUACGGGAAAUGUGGGAGUCCUGAGAGUUCUGUUAAGAUCUUCAAUGAAAUAAAAAAAAGGAAUGUUAUUUCAUGGACAUCUCUUAUUUCAGCCCUUGGAUUGCAUGGUCAUGCAAAUGAAGCCUUGGAUAAAUUCAGGGAGAUGGAAGCAGAGGGUUUUUGGCCAGAUAAAGUUGCUUUUCUAGCUGUUCUUUCUUCAUGUAGACAUGUUGGGGAUGUGGGACGGGGAACGGAAUUGUUUGGGCAAAUGAAAUCGAAGUACGGGGUUGAACCAGAAAUGGAUCAUUAUCUCCUUGUUGUUGAUCUAUUGGCUAGAUAUGGGCAUCUCAAAGAGGCUGAGCGACUAAUUUUGGGGAUGCCUUUCCCGCCAAAUGCAUUGAUUUGGCGCAGUUUCCUUGAAGGAUGCAAAAGACAAAGAACUAUGGACGAUUUAGCUCUUGCAGCAUAAACCACAAAAUCGACUUCUAUAUAUUGUUGUACAGGCCUGUUGGAGAAAUUGCUUGUAAUGUAUGGAGGAUCAUUUCUAGAUUUGAUCAUUUUUCAUGUACAUUGAAUAUUUCAAGAAACUAUAGACUUGGCUAAUAGUAUGGCAGUGAAGUUCUAAAUUAUAGUGAGAAAUCUCAGUAAAUCCAAUAAUGGCUUGAAGAG